AUGGACAACACGACGCUGCAUACUUUUCUUUUUCAAUGCCCGGCUGCACUCCGUAGUGUAGACUUGCUCGGGUCUUGGGACAACUUCUCAAAACGUUACAGCCUUCACCUUGAUACCCGAGGCGGACCCGGCACCUGGAAAGGUUGCUUCACUUUCUCCGACAUCUUCUGUGACGGUGAUCUCGACAUGCUAUCGCCGAAGCGAGACAGCCCAUUGAAGAUGGGGGGCACGUAUUGGUACUAUUACGAAGUCGACGGUGAUAAGGAAUGUCACAACCAUUCUCAGCCUUCAACGACGGUAUGCCCUCUAUUACCUGGACAGAGCCUCAAUGUGCUGGAGAUUCCGAUAGAAGAGCGCAACCGCAGCAGCUCUGAAAGCUCGACGGCAUUCACACGAAAUCCCAAAGAUAGAUUUCUGACGCCAGUUCCUCCGGGCAAGCCACUGCCCUCUCCUCGACCCGGAAGCUCAAACCGUGAAGCCUAUGCGUUACCUCUGCCUUCUCCAUGGGCUCCCAAGUCAGCCACGCAUGCUCCAGCGGACCAUUUCCUCUCACCAAGUGUGUCGCGACAUGCUCGAAGCGCAUCUGCGUCGCCAUUACUUCCGUCAACACCGCUCUUUAUGGACUUCAAAGACCUGAAAGAGAAGUUCGCUUCGAAGCGCGCUCGCUCAAGGUCGCGAAGUUCACCUGAUGUCAGAGAAAUGAAAAUCAGUGCGCCUCUUCUUAUAAGCACAACAGCGGACGGCGUGCUACCCACAUACCAAACCGUCCCACUUCGUUCUCCAAUGAACUUCUCUCGACCGCACAGAUCCACCCCUCCACCACUCUCGAUUCCAACCAUUACCAAAGACUUCUCGCCGCUUACAUCGCAUCCUGUGGACACUUUCACAGAUGCUCAGCCUUUUAUUGCAGAGCUGCCCGCAAAUGAGAUGUCUUUCCAACGCCGCCAGUCAUACAUGCCAUUAACUGUCGUCACUGAUGAGUUUGAUGUUGAGCCCGGUCGUCACCGAGCCAACUCCGCAGACACAAGACGAACGAAGCGCAGCCUUUAUGCAAAUGACCCUUGGGUGUCAUCACCAAGGUCCCAACAUGAAUUUGACAACGGUAUUCAGCAAGCAAGAGAGGUCCAGUUUUAUAAACCUGCACCAGUCUUGUGGCGACCAAUCCCCUCUCUAGCGUCACCAGCUGCAGACGAACGUCCUUCGUCGAGCCAUGGAGGGGUCCACAGCCAAACACUCCAUGAGAUGCCCCUUGAAAAGGGUCUGCCUGCUCUUCCGCGAUAUCUGACGCCUGCACCGUUGUUUGCGUGCAAUACGUACCCGUUAGAAGAGGCAACACCUAUUGAAGAGACAGAGGCAGAGGACACAGUCACUGAAGACAUCCUGCGGGCAUAUGAAGACGAGGAAGAACCAAUCGUCCAGAUAUCAGAGAAGCAGCGAAGUCACUUCUCAACAUGGAGCAGCUUCGACAGCUAUGUGACUUCUGACGAUGAAGGUGUCACGUCUCCCAUCUUCAGCUCCGCCACAAGCGUUUCAAGUGAUGCGGGCUCACCUCUUCGGCAAUCAGUCCAUUACUCCUUCGCCGAGCAUGCCUAUAGCAAGGCGUACGACACCACAACAAUCGAUGAAGUGGACGAGGACGACGAGGAAGAAGAAGUCCCCAGCCAUCGCAUCUCCACACCCCCACAACUGGAUCUCAACACUCUCCGCCUUUCUACAAUAUCCUUCAGCUCCGACCUCUUCAACCUCGACAUCCAACACGCCGAGGCCAUGCCCAGACGGCAGGCAGCCUGCUUCGGCUUCGGCUUCUCAGGGUACAGUCUGCCCGAAGACGCAACACGAAGCAAGGAAACCAUCCACAGCGAAGUCACCCUGCGUCCCAAGCGCAUCAGCGUCCAGCGUGAAAGCUCGACGAGCCAGCUGGACUUGCUUGUGGAUGGUUUUGGAUACCUGGGAGAUGCGGUGGUGUGA